ACUUAUCCCCUAAAUGCAGUUACCUACUAGGUACAGAGACUUCACAUCAAUAGGUGUACUAUCCAAGAACAUAUUGAACUUCAUUGCUUUACCUACCUAAUACAUCCCUUAGAUAUCUAUGCUCUUGCCCAAUUGCACAAUAUAAUCUUCUUCUCACCACACUCUCGAAAUGAUACCUGCAAGAUCUUUAGGGCGCGCCGGCUUGCCUAGAAUAGCCCGGUCAUCAAAGGGUCCAAGAAUCUAUCAAAAACGCUUCCAGUCCUCUUCCACGUCCUCUCCUUCAAGCAGUAAUGCAAACAUCAACAGCUCUCAUUUCGCAGCCGGUGUCGCGGGUGGAGUUGCUACCGGGGCUGUGUUAUACGCAGUAUACCUUCUUUCCCCCGCUGGGAAGACGUCUAGGACAGUGAACAAGACAGUGAAGGAGGUCAACAAGAAGUACAAAGAGGCCGCUGAGAAGCUGCAAGAGAAGACACCGGAUACCGAUCAGACCAUCAAAUACAUGAAGGAUUUCUGCUAUUCCUACGUAGCAUGGAUUCCUGGAGGUCGCCAAUACGUCGACGCUACGUUCAAGGACAUCGAUAAGAUUCGCGAAAACCACCGAGAUGAAGUCGACAAUAUUAUAAAGGAUGCCUACCAACAGUUUCAGAAGCUGUCAAAAUCGGGUUUGAGUCUGGAGACAGGGUCAAAGGCAUUGGAUGUACUGGGCGACUUGUCAACGAAAAUAGGGAAUCUCGCCGCCGGCGCACUCUCGGAUAUCCUAGACAAUCACCCCGAGUUGAAACAAAAGUUCGGGGGCAGCAUCGACCAGCUAAAUCAGAUGGGCGAGCAGUAUGGACCCGAAGCGAAGAAGCAAGUCGAAGAGACGUGGGACCAGGUCAAGGGGAUAAUCUCUGGUGGGCUCAGCGCGGACAACUUUGAAAAAGCACGGAAGCUUAUUCAGGAGAAGGUCGAGCAAGUCAAGAAGCUGGGUGAUGAGGCUUGGAAGAAGGGAAUGGAGCAGGCGAAACCUUACCUUGACAAGAACCCCAAGGUCAAGGAGCUGGUCGAAAACAACGCAAGCGCAUUGAAGCAAGGUGACGCGAAGGCAUUAUUCGAUACAGUCAAACGUGCGGUAGAGUCAGGAGACGCAAGUGAGAUCGAAGAUUACGUUAAGAAAGCUGUCGACAAGACCAAGUCCAAGGGCUCGCAGUUAUCCAAUGGUACUGGCCUGGAAUAUUAUUUCGACAUGAUACCUCAGGGUAGCGAGAUCCUUCCCAAGUUGAAGCAGCUUAAGGAGGUAGCUGAUAAGCGUACGGGGGAAGGUGAACAGUUGGUCAAGGACACAUUGUCUGAGAUCAAGCAGGUGCUGGAGAAGAAGUCGCAGAAAGCCCAAGAGAUUCUCGACAAGGCCAAGAAAGAGGCAAAGUAAUCCACAAUAAUAAAAACCUCUAUUAUCACCAUCGCUAUGUCUGUGUAGGUAAUUGUCAUUAUCCUCAUCCUGGAAGCCGUCAUGAUGGAUGCUUUAAUUGAUGUAAGCAAUAGAUGAACAAGGAACAUUGAAGUUUAACUAACAAAAGAAUUAUAAAUCAAAGGCAGCUGAGCUACUCUGUAACUACUAGGUACAUAGUUAUGUAAGACGGAAAUCAACUGGUUCCUGUUCCGUCUAAUACUUCAUACAUACCCC